ACACCUCUAUUCCAGUUGGAGGAACAGUGUAUGAUUACUUGGUUCUUCAGGUACAUUACAAGGACAUCAAGUAUUUUGCCGCUUCACCAGACCAUACGGACAGCAGCGGUUGGCUGCUCACGAUGCAGACCACUCCGAGCAAGUAUCUUGCUGGCAUCUAUCUAUUCGUCAUGGAUGGCGCAGUGCGGCCGUACGGUUUCACAACAAUCGGAGGUGGCUGCGAAUAUACUGGAUUCGCUGUACUCCAUCCAAUCGCCUUUCGCGUCCACACCCAUGACCACG